AUGUGGAAUAGUAGAAUUUACUUUUGUUUAUGCUAUAAUAGCUUUAAUAAGAACUUUGUUAUCUUUUAUAUCAACCGAAAAUUUUUUUAUUUAUAUAAGUAA